AUGAGCACGAACUUGAACACAAAUACGCACCGGGAGCGGGAACGAGAAGCAGAGCGGGAGCGGGACGGAGCGCGACACAACACGGUGCAGGAGGAACGGACGAGUGGGAGGGAGGGAAACGGAGGCGGGGGCGGGGGCAGGAACGGAAACGGAAACGGAAACGGAAACGGAAACGGAAACGGGAAAGAAACUGAUGGGGGACGAAGUGGACGGACAGGUGAAUCCAGAGUGCAGGCCAUUCAUCGUGGAAACGAGGCACUGGCCAGCGUAGCAUUCAACCCUGCGACCAACUUUCGCAUUCACACCCCGCAUGAAUGGCGCGCUAUGAGCCUGCACCCACUUCAACUGACAAGCGACGUCAACGGCGACGGUACGGACGAAAUUGAUGUGGCCUCGAAGCGCGCAGUCAACGUAGACGAGGCGAGUAUACUCCAGGCCAGCAACGAGGCGCUGGGGGGGAAAGAAAGUCGAGGGGAAUUAAAUGGCGCGGCGCGGGCCACUAAGACUUUGGGCGGCGAAGAGGGAGAGACAGCGGCAGCGUUGAUGGGAGCAACCGGAGAGGGUAGCAACGACGAACGCGACGGGGAAGUAGGCUCGAGUGGGUUGAAAACAACAUCGAGCGGGGGAGAGGUGGUGAGGAGAGGUGGGGAGAGGCGGGGAGAAGCUGAAGUGCAGGAAAGGGAGAAGGGAGAGAGAGCUUUCGAAUCUCCCAUUACGAACGGGGCUACCAACCCUUUGACCGCCCAAUCCUCAGCAGAGCUAUUGGAUCACGGUCACACGCAGCUAAUUCAAUGGGAUGGGAGUUGCUCCUGGGCGUCAAGUGUUACGGAAGGACAAACGCCGAAUGCAGGCCAGCAUUUACUGUCUUCGUCGUCGUCGUCGUCGUCGUCGUCGUCGAGACAGCAGGUGCAGGCGCAGGUAUGGGAGAUUGGAGGUGCUGUGGGGAGAGGUCAGCGAUGCGAUCACGGAGAGGAGGAGAACGAAGCGAGAUGGAAAGGGAACUCUAGACGUGCUCAACCAUCUACGACACCCCAGCCCUUCUGUACCACCCGUCUCCUCCCACCAACUCCAACGGCGGUCCAGCGGCUAGUACAACGACCCCAGACUACCCCAGAAACCACCCACUACCCCACGAAUCCCCAAAUCAAGUCAACGCGCUGA